GCCACCUUUUCCGCACUCCAAUUCAUGUAUCUCUGAUUUUUUAUAGUCUGGUAAUGCUCUCCCCGAUACGCUUGGGACUUGCCGCGGUUCUCUCAAACAAACACCUGAACUCAUCACUACGCAUAUCACAGUUCGAACCGAGAUCUGUAUCGCACCUCUAUUACUCUUCCUUCUCAAAGUUCAGCUAGUGAUAAAAUCACAACAAUGGUUUACACUUUACCGGGGCUAAGAUUUCCGGCUGUUCCUUCAAUGUAUAAGUCCUCGCAAUCCAGCUUCCAUGGUGAUCGCAGGACUGUUACUCUCUCCUUCUUCCAGAACAUGGACUCCAUUUCUCGUAGGAAGACCCUGGUUGGAAAAUUUUCCCAUGAUUCUGACUCCUCAUCUUCUGCCAUUGCUGCAUCUGAUAAAGUUCUUGCACCUGGAGGUCAAGAUGAUGCUUCAACUCUGACAGAUCAACUUGAAACUACUGAAAUAACAUCACAAGAUUCGCAGGCUCCUGAAAACUUAGAGGAUCUAACCAUGAAAGACGAUAGCAAGUUUAAGGAUGAUGAAGUAACUAGUGGUUUCAGAGAGGUUGAGGAUGGACUAGGUUCUGUUCCUUCGUCACUUGAGGAUGUAGAUGCCAGUGCUCCAGCAAAGACAUCAAUUUCUACAAAAGAGGAAGUAAAAAUAGGAGGAGAUGAAGCUAAACCUAAGAUCAUUCCCCCACCAGGCACCGGACAGAGGAUAUAUGAAAUUGAUCCAUCUUUGCUAGGUUAUCGUGGGCAUCUUGACUUCCGUUAUGGACAGUACAAAAGAUUGCGUGAGGAAAUUGAGAAGCAUGAAGGUGGUUUGGAAGCAUUUUCUCGCGGCUAUGAAAAAUUGGGUUUUACACGCAGCGCCACUGGCAUUACUUAUAGAGAAUGGGCGCCAGGAGCUAAGUCAGCAGCAUUAAUUGGAGACUUCAACAAUUGGAAUCCAAAUGCAGAUGUAAUGACUCGGAAUGAAUUUGGCGUCUGGGAGAUAUUUCUACCCAACAAUGUGGACGGUUCGCCACCAAUUCCUCAUGGUUCUCGAGUCAAGAUCCGCAUGGAUACUCCCUCUGGCAUCAAAGACUCAAUUCCCGCUUGGAUCAAGUUCUCUGUACAGGCUCCGGGUGAAAUUCCAUAUAAUGGCAUAUACUAUGAUCCUCCAGAAGAGGAAAAAUAUGUUUUUAAACAUCCACAGCCAAAAAGACCAAAAUCACUCAGAAUAUACGAGUCACAUGUUGGAAUGAGUAGUCCGGAGGCUAAAAUCAACACAUAUGUCAAUUUUAGAGAUGAUGUUUUGCCUCGCAUUAAAAGGCUUGGCUAUAAUGCUGUCCAGAUUAUGGCUAUCCAGGAGCAUUCUUAUUAUGCUAGCUUUGGGUACCAUGUUACAAAUUUCUUUGCACCUAGCAGCCGAUUUGGCACUCCAGAAGAACUCAAGUCUCUGAUAGAUAGGGCCCAUGAACUAGGCAUUCAUGUUCUGAUGGAUAUUGUACAUAGCCAUGCAUCAAAUAAUACAUUAGAUGGGCUGAACAUGUUUGAUGGAACCGAUGGUCAUUACUUCCAUUCUGGAGCACGGGGUCAUCACUGGAUGUGGGACUCUCGCCUUUUUAACUAUGGAAGCUGGGAAGUAUUGAGGUAUCUGCUCUCAAAUGCAAGAUGGUGGCUUGAAGAGUACAAGUUUGAUGGGUUUCGAUUUGAUGGUGUCACGUCAAUGAUGUACACUCAUCAUGGUUUGGGGGUAGGUUUUACUGGGAACUACAACGAGUAUUUUGGAUAUGCAACUGACGUGGAUGCUGUGGUUUACCUGAUGCUCGCUAAUGAUGUCAUUCAUGGGCUCUACCCAGAGGCUGUUACUAUUGGGGAAGAUGUCAGUGGAAUGCCAACAUUCUGCCUUCCUACACAAGAUGGUGGAGUUGGCUUUGAUUAUCGCCUGCACAUGGCCGUUGCAGACAAGUGGAUUGAGCUUCUCAAGAAGCCUGAUGAAUACUGGACAAUGGGCGAUAUAGUUCACACACUCAAAAACAGAAGAUGGCUGGAAAAAUGUGUGGUGUAUGCUGAAAGUCAUGACCAAGCCUUGGUUGGUGACAAGACAAUUGCAUUUUGGUUGAUGGACAAGGAUAUGUAUGACUUCAUGGCUUUAGACAGACCUUCUACUCCUCUUAUAGAUCGGGGAAUAGCAUUACACAAGAUGAUUAGGCUUAUUACCAUGGGCCUCGGUGGUGAAGGAUAUUUAAAUUUCAUGGGAAAUGAAUUUGGCCAUCCGGAGUGGAUUGAUUUCCCGAGGGAGGGGAACAACUUCAGUUAUGAUAAGUGCAGGCGUCUUUUCGAUCUAGGGGAUGCAGACUAUCUCCGAUAUCGUGGGAUGCAAGAAUUUGAUCAGGCCAUGCAGCAUCUAGAAGAAAGAUAUAAUUUCAUGGUUUCUGAGCAUCAACAUAUCUCGCGUAAAAAUGAAGGAGAUAGGGUGAUAGUCUUUGAAAGGGGAAACCUCGUUUUUGUCUUCAAUUUUCAUUGGACCAACAGCUAUUCAGAUUACAGAGUUGGCUGCUUAAAACCGGGGAAAUACAGGAUUGUCUUGGAUUCAGAUGAUUCAUUGUUUGGAGGCUUCAACAGGCUCGAUCAUACUGCUGAGUUCUUCUCUUCGGAAGGGUGGUACGAUGACCGGCCUCGUUCCUUUCUAGUGUAUGCACCUUCUAGAACAGCAGCGGUAUAUGCCCUUGUGGAUGAUGAAGCUGAAAAACCACCUGGACCAGAAUCAAUGUGAUGCAAGAUGUAACCUGCUGCUUUCCUGGAUAAACAGGUGACAAGGGCAUCAUGGCAUGAUAGAUGCAGUAAUAACUCUAGGACCAUCUAGCCAGCCCACAACCUAUAUAGUGAUUUGAUCACGACGGAAAAUAUGAAGCAGAAAGAAUGGGAAAUAACACCAAGUUAGAAAUAAUGUAUAGCACUUCAUGCUUUUGUAUUAGCACAUGACAUGGGUAGUGGCAUAGCAUUUGAGGAAAUGCAAAGCCAGGAAAGUACUAACGUCGGAUUCGAUGCCAGUUACAAAGCUUUUGUAAUAGAGCAUCUUCUACAUGUCGUCUCAGGGAUUGCCACUUACAUUUGCGGGGUAUUGUAAUUUGUACACGGUUUCUUGAGAUUUAAUUUAAUAAUUUUGUUGGUCAAGACCAGCAAUUCAUAAUGUACUGUUGAGGUGAAACA